CCAUUUUACUUCUCUGGGACUCUUCUCCUCACAAUCUGAUCUCUGGAAUUUCUCGAUUCUGCUUCUGAACUGAGACUAGCAAGGCUCACAGGUCAAAAGAAAAAGUUAGAACUUUUUGGUUUAUUGUGGAACAAAACUGAUCUGUUACAAGAAAGGAAGAAAGAAAAUGGCAUCCUUCCAUGCUCUUGUUACAGUGUAAACUUCUCUCAACAGACCACAAUGGAUAUUACAAGAGGAAACCUGGAUGAAAUUUCAAGGCCUGCGUCUAGCUCCAGAGCUCAUCUUGGUAGCCGAGCUUCAAGCGCAUCUUUGGAGGUGUUAACACCAGAGCCAUGCUUAUCAAAGGUUGAUUAUCAAGGUGAUUUGGACAGUGAUCAUAAACAAGACAAUUCAGGAAAGAGCAGUUCAGAAGAAAACCAGGAUAACAGUAGAGAGAAAUAUAAAACCCAGAAAAUGAGAACACUGCAACAAACCAUGGAGGAGGAAACUACCUGCAUUUUCCAGCAGAUGCAGAAUUCUGAGUUGUCAGAAUACAUUUCUAGCUCAGAUUCUGGAGAGGAUUGUGCUGAAACUGAGCCUCCCAAUUUAAAUGAAGCUUCUCAAGAGCAGCUAACUAAUGUAAAAGAAGAAGUUUGUGAAGAAAAAGAUGUGGAUCCUAAGAUUCAAGAAGCUAUAAGAAAGAUGAAUAAACUGGACAAGAUCUUGGCAAAGAAACAAUCUCAAGAGAGAACAAUUAAAAAACAAGGCAGAGAAAUGAGGACAAAACUCUGGGAGGAACUUCAGUGUGUAAUCACUCUCAGUGCUUCAGGAAGUCACGAGGAGAUAGAAAAUACAAAUAAUUUUUUAGCUUUAAUGUCAACUUUGCAUGAGAGAGCUGACUGUCAAAAUGAAAUGGAAACCAGUGGCUUGUUCAAUAAAGCAGAAAAAUCACACUAUGAAAGUAACACCAGAAGUAAAAAAAAUCAGGAUUUUAUUAAAAAGAACAUUGAGUUGGCAAAGGAUUCAGGGAACCAAGUGGUUAUGCUUGAGGAAGAGAAGAAGAGGUUAAUUGAAUUAUUGAAAGGUACAGAAGAUGGAAGUGAACUUCAGGACACUGAGGAGGAUGCAUCUGGUUGGCUAGUAGCUGGAGAAGGGUACACACCUGAACCAAUGGAAUUUCAUCACCUAAAUGAAAUAGAUGCUAAACUCCAAAUAAUAGUUUCUAAUGGGGAUAUCUCCGCAAUUCAUAGCUCCUGUUCUAAAGUUCCAAGCCAGAUUUAUCAGGAAUCUCUGGCUUAUGCAAAUAGAAAUCUGGAAGCAGCCCCAGGUGAAAAGGUUCUACGAGACACUAAGGAACAACGUGAUCAACAAAUCCGGCUGAAAGAAAUAGAUCAACAGUUAAAAAACCUGCUGGGAAAUCUUCCUGAAGAGCUACCUUGUCUCUCUGAAGAACAGCUCAAGACCCUUCUGGAAGAAUGUAUGCAGUCUCAGAGAACAAUAAGCAAUAUUCCCAUGUCAAAAUCACAGGAAUUGCUUUCUGGUGAAAAUUUUUUCUCACGUUACACAACUCAAGAUGCUGCCCUUCUCUCAAUGUCCACUCUUUCUAACCCAUUGGGUGAAACCCAUAGUGUAAGGAUGUCAGCAGAUCAGGAGAAUGCUGGACUUGAGGGCAAAAAUGAACACAGUUGUGCAGAGAAUGAAUCCCCAGGCUUCUAUCUCACCAAAGCAAUGGCUGAUAGUCAUUUAUCAAAGGAUUUGGUGGUCCAAACAGAAGAACCUAAUGACUUAGAAAGUCUACAGGAGAUUGCAGAUAAGAGUAGUGCUGAAGGUUACUUUAUGUCAAGAGCACUCAGCACAAAAAGCUUGAAAAAACCUUCUUUCUUGGAUGAACCAUUUUAUGGCAUCAGUGUGAACAAUGAGCUAUCCACAGAGGCUGACAUUCCCAGCAUACCAUUGCAAACCAAAGGAGAUGGUUUGAAGGUUGAAGAUGCAGCAGAAGAGUAAUUAUCUACUGAGUCAUGUUUAUAAAACAUUAGUAAAUUCCACCUUGCAGGUUUUACAGUAAUAUAUGAUCAUUUCUGAUUUUUUGGAUACAGUGACUAAUCAUUGCAUGUAGGAGUUAUUACUGUGAAACAGUUUUCCUCAUAAGAAACUACAUUACACACUGCUAGUUUGACUUCUAAAGAAAAAAUACUCAUUUUAAUUGAACUUCUUGAGAAUGUGUUACAUAGUAGUGUUCUGUGUAUUAUCUUCAGUUUAUAUGUAUAUUUUAAAUACAGUGGUUAAUAAAAACUUUUAACACAAAGU